GCCACGGUCGUUUGACUCAGUCGUCAGUCGCCCUCCAGAAACAAUUAACUGCAAACCGCGAGAAGGUUUUCUCUUUCAGUGUUAAGCAAAGUCAAAGACGCCAAGUACGACAAUCAAACACUCAUUAUUUCAUCUAAUUAACUUUUAAUUUAAACUAAUCAAACCCCACUGAAAGCUUCCAUCUUUCUCUCUGUUCAUCCAACUCCUGUACAACUCCGAUCCGUAACCAAAAACCCAGUGCCUAAAAGGUUUCUGCGACUUGUUUUUUUCGAUUUCGGAUCGACCCAGAUGGGAUUUCGAAUCGGGUUAGGGUUCCUGGUGCUGGUUUCCCUCUGUUGCACGGUGAAACCCCAGUGCAGCAAGAGCUGCGAUGCUCUAGCUUCUUACUACGUAUGGCAGGGCACUAAUCUCAGUUUCAUUGGCGAUAUCAUGAAUACGACCGACGCCACCAUCGUCACCUACAACAAGGACUCGGUUCCCAACAUAUACAGCGUCCGGUUCGGCAUCAGGGUCAAUGUUCCAUUCACCUGUGGUUGCAUCAAUAGCGACUUCCACGGCCAAAUGUUCGAGUGGGAUGUCCGUACCGGCGACACGUACGACCAGAUUGCGAAGAUUUUCUAUUCGAAUUUGACGACGGUGGAGGACUUGGAGUGGUUCAACAGCUAUGAUCCUAAUAAUAUACUCAAUAAUACUAAAGUGAAUGUGACUGUGAAUUGUACGUGUGGGAAUAGCACGGUUUCGGAGGAUUAUGGGCUGUUUAUUACUUAUCCUCUGCGGCCGGAGGACAGUUUGGAUUCUAUUGCGGAGACGGAGCAGUUGGAUCAGGCUUUGCUGCAGAGAUAUAAUCCUGGUGUGGUGUGAAUUUUAGUCAAGGGAGCGGUUUCGUGUAUAUUCCGGGCAAAGGUUUGAGCUUUUGUUGUUGAUGGGAUAGUUUUAGCGUGUGCUAUCCAUAUACCCUAUUUUACUUCUUACACAUUCAUAGUUAAUUUCAUUAGUUGAUUUUCUUCAAUUCAUCUGAUUCAAAAGCUGAAAAUUAAAAGGGUGUGUGAAGAUCACACCCUGAUAGUUUUUUGUGCUUUGAAGU